GCUAACUACGUACAAAUGCUGCCCUUUCUACGUACUUCUAACGAAUGUUAUCGUAAAGUACUGUACUAGAUACCGGUAAGCUAAUCAAGUCUCAAAAAGAUUGACAGCUCCUACCGGUACUACCAUACCGUCACCCCUGCCUAUCGUACCGUCCGUAGUUACCACUACUACAGUACGGUAUUGUAUUGAAGAAGAUCGGAAGUUGCGGUGAURGUUAGUUUUUGUUGCAGUGGUGCUCGUACUACUAACGCCUGUGGGGGUAGCUUUAUGAUCCAUAAUCGUACCGGAAGGUGGUGACAACUGCAUUGAAUGAACCGAACUACUUCAUAGACGACCAGUACUUUCGAAACACGGUUUUUAAGUCGAGUCRCCACUACUUAAAAGAACUUUUAUCGACAUGGGGGGUAGAAGCAGCCAACCGGUCCCCGUGGAAGGACCAGGUCCAUCGGACGGAACGGAGGAAGAGGUCGAACAGCAAGAGGGGUUUUUUACUCUGUCUGAAUCAUUUCAGCAGGAAAUGGCACAGGAGUUCCAAAACGAGCAGGUCCUAAGGAUGUUUGGAAAACAGAUGGAAAAGAUCGGGGAGCGCAAGAAUGCUGCCUACAAAGAGCACAUCGAGCAACGAGCAAAYCUCGAACGCAAAUUAAACGAAUUCCGACAACAGAACGAGAAGGUGCAAAAUACACUCAACACAGCAAUCGAAGGAAUGGAAGACAAAUUUACCGAUAUGGCCAAUGUUGUGGAAUACGACAUCGAUCGACUAGGGAAGCAAUAUUUGAAGUCAGCCUUGACGGAAAAGAAUAUUCUAAAUAUCCCGUGUUUCGUGGAACAAACCGAGAUAGCCUCCUGUCUCAACACUAAGAGCAAGAGCGGAGAGAUGAAGGACGAUCCAUUUGCGUGCGAUGUUUUCAUUCAGGCCCUCAAUGAUUGUACAYACCGCAYAAUCACGAGCAAGAAAGAUGAGGCUGCUCAAUAAGGGAGACAUUCAACAUUGAUUGAUAUCAAAAAAUAUGAAUAGGGAAUCCAUUUUCAAAAUGAGGUGUUGUGCUCGGCAUUCAUAGUCCCUUGUUCUUGCACUAGGAACUAGUAAAAGAGAACAUAACUU